AUGAGAUCCUUGGUUGUGUACGCCCUGGCCGGGAUUGCUAUAGGGGCCGGGCUUGUUGUAGUUGUGUUAUGCCAGCCUGCUAUGCUUUUAACGCUCUUUUCGCUCCCGUUAUACUUGAUACACCUGACAGCUGUAGCUGGAGGAUUUGCAGCUGGAGAUGUUCAAGAACUCGCCAACUCGGCCGAUAAGGACGGCAAGACUCUGUUACAUCUAGCUACUGCAAGGGGAUAUGAAUUGAUGGAUAAGUGGCUCUUAACAAAUGGAGCCAUAAAAUCUGUCAACUCGGCCGAUAAAGAUGGCAAGACUCCAUUAUACCUGGCCACUGCAGGGGGAUAUGAAUCGAUAAUGGAGUUGUUAUUUAGGAAUAGGGCUAUGAAGUCAGUCAACUUGGCCGAUAAGGAUGGCAAGACUCCACUCUACAUGGCUACUGCAGGGGAGAAUGAAUCGAUAGUCAAGUUGCUCUUAAGAAACGGAGCUAGGAGGGCAGUCAACAUGGCUGAUAAAGAUGGCAAGACUCCAUUAUAUCUGGCCACUGCAGGAGGUUAUGAAUCGAUAGUUAAGUUGCUCCUAAAAAAGGGAGCUAGAAAGUCAGUCAACUUGGUCGACAAAGAUGGGAAGACUUUAUUACACCUGGCCACUACGGAGGGGUAUGAACCGAUAAAGGAGUUGCUUCUACAAAAUGGAGCCAAGCCAUCUAACCACUUGAUCGACAGGAAUGGUAGGGAUUCGCCGCAUCUGGAAUCAGAGGACCACGAUGACUCAUCCACGGAUAUACAACCGGGCGAAGUCAAGAAAGGUGGAAAUUCGGUGUCCCAAACAUGCUAUAUAGGAACAUUAUUUUGGCCCUCACGUCUCCCCAAAGGUAUUACGAGGAUAUACUGGCAACGCCAUUGUGGAUACGGCUCUUACGAUGACUACGCAUCUAGACACCAUGCCAUUUUCGCCAUUCAAGAAAAACUGAAAACGAGCGGGCUCAAAGUAACUAUCUCUAGUCAAAAACUAAGCCUUUUGAGUGAGUUUUCAAUGGCUGCGAGAAAUAUAAUCCUAGGGGUUUUUCGGCGAUAUUCAAGUUCUGAGACCUCCAACUCUCAAAUCAACCAACGCACGCCACACGCAUCGGAACACGGAGGACCAUCACAAGGAUCUACGACAUGUGACGAGUUAGAUAUCACCGAUGGCAAAAAUACUUCCUUCGCUAUCGACAAGGCCAUUUCAGUCUUGUAA